ACAAUCGUACUUCUCCGAUUCAACAUCCAAACCAUCUGAUCCCCAAAACCAACCGUUUGGUUCCCGCCAUGGAUGCCGUAAUCCACUCAGCGGCCUUUCGAUUCCCUGUACCUCAUCCCCACCGCAGAAUCCGUACAUCUCUCCGACAAUGUGUGCACUCAAUCAGGUCAAGUAUAACAAGCCUUCCUUUUCCUGAGAAGAAAGCCAAGUACUACGAGCAUCUGCAAGCCGCUGUUGAUGUUGUCGAUCGAGCUUGCCGCCUCUGUGUUGAUGUGCAAAGAUCACUGCUUUCGAGUGAUGGAAACAUCGUUGAGAAAUUGGAUCAGACACCUGUCACCGUCGCAGAUUUUGGAGUUCAAGCACUUGUUAGUCUGGAGAUGGGCAAACUAUUUCCUUCAAUUCCAUUGGUGGCCGAGGAGGACUCGGCUUUCGUGCGUGAAAAUAAUCUCGUGGAUGCUGUUUUUGAAGUGGUUACUGACAAAUCAUCCAUCAAUGAUAAAGAACUAAGUCGAGAUGGCGUUUUAAUGGCAAUUGAUCGAGGGGGAAAAGAUGCGUUUCUAUUUGGCACUGAGCCAGCUACUUAUUGGAUAUUGGAUCCAAUUGAUGGGACCCGAGGAUUUGUUAAAGGACGUGGAGCUCUUUAUGUGGUAGGUUUGGCGCUAGUAGUUGAAGGAGAGAUUGUUUUGGGUGUUAUGGGAUGCCCGAACUGGCAAUAUGGGGAUUCUGAUAUAGUUGUGGACGAGAUCCAGGGAGGGGAAAAUAAUAUGUCGAGAUCAGGGAUUAUCAUGAUAUCUCAUGUCGGUUGUGGAACAUGGAGAACAAGAUUGCGGGAUCCAGAAAGUAGUAAUACUAAAACAGCUCGUGAUUGGACCAGGUGCCUAGUUGAUGGUUUUCAUCAAGUUCAUGAAGCACGUUUCUGCAUCUCAGACAGUCAAACAUGGGAGUCUUUGCCUCUGUCCACAAAAUUUAGUGCAACCACCGACUCGAACCGUGUUGGGGAGAAACAGAUCCUUCUUCUUCCUACUUGCUGUGGAAGUCUGUGCAAAUAUCUCAUGGUGGCAUCGGGAAGGGCAAGUGUUUUCAUUCUUCGUGACAGGACUGAAAGGAUUAUCAAGGUAUGGGAUCAUGCUGUUGGAGUCAUAUGUAUUCACGAAGCUGGUGGAAAGGUGAGUGACUGGGAAGGCAGUCAGCUUAACUUUGCUGUGGAUGAAAUCGAGCGAAGGGUCUUGUUUCCUUGUGGUGGUAUUCUGGUUACAAAUGAUAGCUUACACGACCGGAUCUUGGAGAUAAUUUCGUCCAGCUAGCUGAUGAUUCUUUUCUGUUAUCUGUUAUUUAUUUAUUUAUUUUAAAUUUUUGGUCACAAUAUUUAGGACCUGUUCCAUUUGAUGAUCGAUCUCUAAAAAUGUGUAUUAUUUCAAGAAUUUGUUGCUAUUCUUUGGUGUCAAUGACUAUUGGCAUCCACACUUCAAAUAUUCUUAAACUUACUUUGCGAGAUGAAGUGAGAAAGGACAACAAUAAGUCCAUAAUACAUCGCAAGAGAUUAGAGACGAACGUCUAUUAAUUUAUUAAUAUUAAUGUUAGCUGCUUACGUUAAUUCCAUAUUAUUUUUUUC